CCAUGUACAUGUGUUAUAUUUUAUUUCUCUGUAAUUUAUAACUAUCAAACAGCAGUUAUUCCAAAAAAGGAGUGUCGCUCGCCCUCGUAAAAAAAAAAUCAGAAUACUCUGUGAAUCUUCAUGUCCAGACGAGGAAGAUACUUACAGUUGAAGACGCAUAUUAAUGAAUGAUUGGGUGACUCUCACUUCCCGACAGGAAAUCUCAACUUAUGAUGGGGAAACAAAACAUAUUCACCAAUUUGUAGAUCUGAAUCUUUACUGAAAUCAUGGAGAAGUUGUACACAUUUAUGUUUCUUGGAUUACUUCUGUAUUGUUUAACACCUGUUAUGAGCUCUAUAGCAAAAGGAAAAUAUAAAGAAUCCGAGGAUAGACCACUGCAGAGAAAGAAAAGACAGUGUGCAGGAUCAGGAUUUGCAAGUAUAGUCAGCGGUUGCAACUUACCAAACGUUUCAAUUAAUACCUCAUCCUAUACGAUACCAACUGGUAGUUCAGUGACCCUAGAAUGCACGGUAUCAGGACAAAGUACAAUAACAUCAGUCUACUGGACCAAGUAUACAGAUACCGAUACUAUAAGUAUAACCUCCAGCACAGAUUCAAACAGGUACAGAGGAAGUACUCCAAACACACCAUCUUUGACUAUAGUUAGUGCUGUACUUGGUGAUGUAGGACAAUACAGAUGUUCUGCUGUUAACAGCGAUGGGACAGGACAUAGUCCUAGUAACACCACACUUCAUGUCACAAGUCAGCAAGAACCGUGUGGAGGAAACUUUACAGCAAAAACAGGAACAGUUGUUUUUCCCGCCAUAAAUGAUGGAAAACCCUGCUUUUAUCGGAUUUCUUUACAGACGAAUUAUAUAGUAUCAAUUAGUUUUAACAAUAGAAGAGGCUGGUCAGAUAUUGGAUACACAAUAAAGAUUUAUGAUGGUUCUAGCAGCAGCGGUGCUUCAAUAACCACAAUAAUAAGGUUUAACAGCCCUUCUUAUUAUAACUCAUCAAAUAACAACAUGUUUAUUGAAUAUUCUCGUUUUGGUCCUGGAUCAGACAGUAUAGAGGCGUCAUAUCAAGGCAUCAUGAAAGUCUUGCCCUCAACUCUAGAAACCCCAGCGGCAUCAUAUUCAAAACAUGUCGGAGAACAGGUAACUUUAUCCUGCCCAUUGCAAUUAGUCGGAAUCAGAUUACAAAGAAUAGAGUGGACAUUUAUUAACAAAACAGGAUAUAGCAUUGACCCAAUUAAAUUUUCCUUUCCUUUAAUGAAAUACCAAGGAGCUUCCAUCUACACUCCAUCUCUCACUAUAAAAAAAUUAGAUCAUAGCGAUAAUGGAAUAUACAGGUGUCGGGCCAUAAAUGCGACUAGUUCAACAAUUAGUUUACCUGUGGUUCUCACAGUCAGUACAGUAACAACUAGUUUACCUGUGGUUCCCACAGACAAUACAGUAACAACUAGUUUACCUGUGGUUCCCACAGACAAUACAGUAACAACUAGUUUACCUGUGGUUCCCACAGACAAUACAGUAACAACUAGUUUACCUGUGGUUCUCAUAGUUACUACAGAAACGACAACUAUUACAGCAAGGCCUCCAGAUGUUUCAACAGAUGAAACGUUAAUAAACGUUAUAUAUGGACACUCAGCAAAGCUCUCUUGUACAGUCUCUACAAAUUCGCCAAUACAAACGGUCACGUGGGAAAAAGAAAUUGGUUCUACAGUAGAAAAAAUAAAGAUAGACAGUAAUAAGGGAAAAUAUCAGGGUGGAAACGUUACAAAUCCUUCACUUACUAUCCUGAAUGUUGAUGGGAGCGAUAGCGGAAAUUAUACCUGUACUGCUAGUAAUAGUAUAGGAGAUGGAAGUGCGGAAACUAUACGGAUCGUUGUGAUUGAUAUAGAUGAAUGUCAGAACAAUACCAUAAAUAAUUGUAUACAGGAUUGUGAAAACACAUUUGGUUCAUUUGUUUGUCGUUGUUGGAGAGGCUACAAUGGUGAUGGGAACAUGAAUUGUAAAGUAGACAACACUCAAAUAGCAACAUAUUUAAGAACUGCAGUGAUUUCCAUAACUGUUGAAGGGCCAUAUAAAUGGAAUGCCAGCUUGUAUGACGUUGAUUCUAACUAUUAUAAAUACUUCACAUCACAGUUUGUUAAAGCGGUUAAUGAAAUUGGCCAAACACAUCCUGGAUACAGAGAAGCAAAGGUUUUAAGUUUAAGACCUGGAAGCAUUGGUGUUGAUCAAGGAAUCAUAAUGGACAGGUCAUCAAAUUUAUCAACGCUGCUUCAAACAAUACAAAUGAACGUUGCUAUGCAAACAUUUGGAAAAUUCACAGUCACGAAUGAAACUAUUCGGAGCGUCCAGGGUUUGGGAUAUAUUACUAAUAUCACUAUGAACGAAACUGUGACUGUAACUGAAGGAGCCACAGCUACAGUAGAAUGUAAAGUGGAUGCAGUAUCCAUUACUGGGAAUAUUGAAUAUCAUUGGAAGCUAAAUGAUGUUAAAAUAAAGCCAACAAAGAUAUCUAGAAUACAAGUGAUGUACAGUAAGAUAACAAGUACAAAAUACCACUCUACUCUAGUGAUAAAAAAUUUAAAGAAACAUGAUAAAGGAAAUUUGACAUGCGAGGCAAGACUUGGUAACAACACUGCAAACAGAUCCACCCAGAUAAGUCUUUAUACGUUCAAACUUGAAAGUGACUCAUCGGUUGUUAUGAAUGGAAGUGAUAUCAACGUCACGUGUACAAUUCUACCCUCUACUAAAUCAGCGAAACAAAACUUGAAAAUGUGUUUAAAUGGAAAGGAUAUUUCUGAUUCCCGGGUGAUUUUCAGUGCUAACAUUGCAGCGUUGUAUUUGACCACCUUGAAAACCCAUACAACUGUUGGGUGUAGUUGGAAAACUGACGAAGAUUGCUCCGAAACCAGGACAAUUAGUGUAAUUAAUCCUAAAAUUAUACCAUGUCUAGAAGAAGUUGACGCAAACAAUAUAACAUGGGAGAAAACUUAUCCUGGUAUCACCAAUAAACAAUCGUGCCCAUCUGGAUAUACAGGUUUAGCUUCCAGAUACUGUCAAUUUAAUAAUUACACAGGCCUGUGGAGAGAACCAAACUUAGUGUUAUGCACUAGAACAGUAUUUGCAUCGAUUUCAGAACAACUACACCAUAUCCAAGAUGGCUUACAAGUGGAUAAAUUGGCUAAUGUUUUGAAAGUGUUUUCAAAUGAGAGUAAAGAUAUUUUAAAUAGCAACAAAACAACUGCGAGUGAUAUCAGAUCCGGUGUAGAGAUUUUAAAAGCAGCAUCAGAAAUUGUUUCUUAUAGAGAGGAUACUAUUACAGAAGAGGAAACAGAUGAUUUUUUUGCUGCCACAGAUAACAUAUUAUCAAGUAAAACAGACAAGUCAUGGAAAGAAUUUUAUAGCAAGACUGGAGAAAAUAAAGCAGGUCAAAUGAUGAGCAUUGUGUCAAAUGUUAGCGAAUCAGUUUUAAAGUCCCUUCAAAAAAACGAAUCUAGAAGUAUUGUCGGAGAAAAUAUUGUUUUAGAAAUUGGAAAUGCAGAUAUUGGUGACGUUAAGUUUCCAGGACAUGAAAUUCUAAAUAAAACAACGAGUUUUCCAAGCAAAGUAGUUCUAUUAGAAAAGACAAUUGCCAAUAGUUUAAAGACAAAUGGUUCAGUUCAGUACACAGCUGUCUUAUAUAGAACUAUGUCACAACUGCUACCAAACAGUAACAACGUGUCAGAGAAAAUAGUUGGGUCACCAGUUAUGGCGUUUUCAAUUCCACAAGAUCAAAUUGUGAAUAAGCUGAGCCCACCUCUUCAGUUAUAUUUUGAAACAAUUGAGUCGAACCUCACACAGAAACAUUGUUCUUUUUGGAAUUUUGACCUACCGAAUGGUGGUAACUGGGCUACGGAUGGAUGUGAAACUGCAUAUAUGAAUGACAGCGUUACUGAAUGCAGAUGUGAUCAUUUAACAAACUUUGCAGUGUUACUAAGCUUGGACGAGAUUACUGAAGAACAUCACGAAAUAAUGUCGACUAUGUCUUUGGUUGGCUGUAUAAUAUCAUUGAUAUGUUUAUUCAUCACAAUAAUGAUAUACAGUUUAGAAUGGAAGAAUCUUACAUCUGAUAAGUCUGUGAUAUUAAUGAUAAUGUGUGUUGCAUUGAUAUUGGCCUAUAUCGCAUUUUUAGCUGGAAUAAACAAAACUCAAAAUAAGGAUGAGUGUACAGCUGUUGCCUUGUUACUUCAUUUUCUUUUCCUGAUUGUUUUGUUUACCAUGUUGGCGGAAGGGAUAAUUCAUGCAGUAUUAGUUGUGGCGGUGUUCCCACAGCGGAGAUCCAUCAACAGAAUUCUAAUUCCUUUGAUAUUUGGUAUUCCUUUUAUGAUAGUUCUUAUUUCUGCAAGUGUCACCAAGUUAGAAGGAUAUGGAACAAGUAAAUUUUGCUGGUUGUCAACGGAAAAUGGAUUGAUAUAUGCUUUCUUUGUGCCAUGUUUAGCUGUCAUUAUAUCGAAUUUGGUAAUAACUGGAUUGAUUAUGAGGAAACUGUUUUCAACACGGGCCACAAUGAGCAAAACAAAAAAAGAAAAGCUAAUAUCUGGAGUCCGAAGUAUUGCCAUCUUAUCACCUGUGUUUGGUCUAACCUGGUUGUUUGGUGUUUUUUCGUUCCAUAAAAGUACUGUUUUGUUCAGCUACUUAUUUGUAAUUUUCAACUCUUUACAGGGCUUGUUUAUAUUUAUUCUGCACGGAAUAUAUAAUCAGAAUGUGAAGAAAUCUGUAAAAAAGAGAGUUUCAAGAAUGAGAAAGGAGAGAGAACUUACUACAUCAAAAAUGACAGAAAGUACAAACACGUGGAAUAUCUUUAAAAAGAAAAAAGAAAAGAGUUCUGGAACAUCAAACUUUUUGUCUGAAACAGGUUCAUCCGGGGCAGCUGUUGCAAAUCCAGGAUACAGUACGACAACAGUCGGACGAGAGGAAACUUCUGUUUUUGUACAGAAGAACAUGACGGUUGAAGAAGCAUCUAAUGUUAAGGAUGAAAGUACUAAUGUGCAAUCUGUUGUAAAUCCAUUGUACGAGGUACCGUGUGAUAAUAGUCGAUUGUGAGGAGAAAGCUGCUGCUUAUUUACAGACAAGAAAUGGAUUGAAAUAGAAACGUUUAGAAUGGUUAACUAAUCGAGAAGAGAGAACUGAAAGUGUCAAAAUGAUUGAAAUAAUAUAUGCAUUGUGCUUUUUUUAUCUCCAUUGCCCAUAGAAAGUUGUGAAAAUUACUGAAUUUAAUGUCACAAUGGUUGCUAUUUCAGUUUGUACAAUUAUUUAACAUAUUUUUCAUUUAGUUCUGAACGAUAUUAAGUGUUGUCUGAGGGUGCAAAGUAGUUAACAACAUAACAUAUAACAUUUGUCAUACGUGUUGUUAUCAAUAGUUCCCGGUGUUUUUUAUUUUUUUCUUAGCGCUAUUGAUGCUGAGAUGUUGAUGAUUUUUCCAAUUACAAAUGCUGUUACAUGUUCAUAUAAAACAGAAGUUCAGACACAUGAUGUAUACUAGUUUAUAAUAAACAGUAUAUUUUCCUCUUUUCAUAUUUUGUUCACAAUAUGUGUCCAUAUGUGUCAAUAUAACUCUAAAUGAUCACAAUGUCAUAUUCAGGCCGGUUUCUUUCUGUUUUCGGUUAAUAUUUGUCAAUAUUCAUCACAUUCUUUUUAUACCUGAUUUCAUAAUAUAAUCUGCUUAUAUUUGGCUUCUUUCAUGUAAACAUGAAGAAAUACGCAAAACUUUAGCGUUGAUUUAUUUUAAACGUUUUACAAUAGUGACACUACUGCUGCAGUUAACUUCAUAUUAUCAUUAGUAUAUCAUUAUAAUACUGUUUCUUGACUGUCUAUUUCUAAAUAUUAUAUAUAACACCAUUUAUAUGGCUGAUGAAAGUUUUAAUAAAAUAUUCAUAUUCGUAA